UCCACAGCAAGGCCGCAUCCCCACUCAGCUCUUCGUCGACAUCCGUCAUGACCUUGUUGCCUGUGGAUGCCAUCCGGGCACUCGCCGAUCAACACCAGAAGCCCGCUAACGUCCUGUUCCAGUAUGGGACGGCGGGCUUUAGGACUCUCGGGAGUGCAUUAGACCCAGUGAUGUUCCGAGUCGGAGUCCUGGCUGCGCUCAGGAGCAAGAAGCUCGAUAGCAAGACCAUCGGGGUCAUGGUUACUGCCUCUCACAACCCGGAGCCGGACAACGGCGUGAAACUCGUCGACCCCCGCGGGGAGAUGUUGGAGGCAUCGUGGGAGACCCACGCUACAAACGUCGCUAAUGCACCCACCACCGACGCGCUCAUCGAUGCCUUGGAGACUCUUGUGAAGAACCUGAAGAUCGAUCUCUCGAAGCCUGCGAAGGUGGUUUACGCUCGGGACACUCGACCAUCGGGACCCGCUCUCGUCGCUUCGCUCGAGGAUGGUCUCAAGGCACUAGGCGCUGAUGCUCGGAAUGCUGGCGUUACGACUACGCCGGUGCUACACUACCUCGUCAGGGCCAUCAACACGAAGGGCACCAAAGACUCGUACGGUGACGACACGGAAGAGGGCUACCUGGAAAAACUCAGCUCCGCGUUCAAGCAGCUCGUGGCGGGGAAGCCUGCGCUUCCUUCCCUUGUCAUAGAUUGUGCCAACGGAGUUGGUGCUAUUGUGGGCCAAAAGCUAGCGAGACACCUUGGCAAUUCACUCGAGCUUCAGUUAGCGAACACCGCGAUUGACACACUUGGUGCCUUGAACAAUGCCUGUGGCGCGGACUUCGUCAAGACGCAACAGAAACUACCCCCUUCCCUCGCUUCUGUCCUGACACCGGGCCAGAGAGCUUGCAGUCUUGACGGCGAUGCGGAUCGGCUGAUUUACUUUUAUCUGGAUGACCAUGGCCAGUUCCACAUGCUCGAUGGAGACAAGAUCGCCGCACUUGUUGCAGCCUUCGUCGUUGAGCUGACCAAAUCCGCAGGGCUGGAGGGUAAGAUACAAGUGGGUAUUGUCCAAACAGCGUACGCGAAUGGUGGCUCGACCAAGUACUUGUCAGAGCGUCUCCCCGUCAAGUGCGUCCCCACAGGUGUCAAGCACCUCCACCAUGCAGCGGAGCACUAUGACAUCGGUGUGUACUUCGAGGCCAACGGACACGGCACGGUCCUGUUCUCUCCUGAGACGCUGGAGACGCUUUCCACCUACCAGCCUUCAACGCCCGCUCAAUCGACAGCGCUGACGCACCUCAGGAACCUCACCAACGUCAUCAACCAGACUGUCGGCGACGGGCUGUCCGAUAUGCUCCUUGUGGAGGCGGUCUUGGCCCACAAGUCGUACAGCGGCGUAGAAUGGAACUCGCUCUACGUCGACCUGCCCAACCGUCUUGUAAAGGUCGUGGUGCCGGACCGCAGCAUCUUCAAGACUGAGGACGCUGAGCGGCGGCUGGUUAGCCCGCCAGGGCUGCAGGCGAAACUUGACGAGCUCGUGCGGCGUUACGAAGGGGGACGUUCCUUCGUCAGGCCCAGUGGCACGGAAGAUGUUGUCCGCGUCUAUGCCGAGGCCACCGUCCGAAGCCAGGCAGAUGAGCUUGCAUUCCGCGUCGCGGGGUUAGUCUACGACGAGGUCGGGGGAGAUCCGGCGAAGCGCCCUUCCGAGUUCCUGUAGAUACUGGUCACUGCAUUGGCUGGCUGGACGGACAUGACAUCGCUCUGGGAAGGAAAGAAGUGUAUCGCUGUCUGUAUAUUACGUGUGCAUAACCAGGGCAUUCGGAAAUCG